AUGGGUGGACACCAGGCGAUGGUUGGACAGCAGCCGCCGAUGAUGGGACAGCCGCCGAUGAUGGGACAACCGCCCGUGGUGCCGAUGGCGGGACCGGCGGCGACGGCGGCGGCGCGCGACGGGAGUCAUCCGCACCGCCCGAUCCCGGACGCGCGGGUGGCGCACGGACGGGGGGGGGCGACGACGUCGAGGAUCGAUCCGUCGCAGAUUCCGCGACCGGCGUAUGUCUCGCACGAGGAGAAGGUUGUGUACAACACGCGAAGCGAGACGGAUCAGGCGACGCAUCCGCCGGCGGCGACGCUGGAGUACGUGGGGUGCGACUUGGGGAGCGCGAAUCCGAGAUACAUGCGAAGCACGAUGAGCUCGCUGCCGCACUCGGGGGAGUUAUUGUCGACGAGCGGGAUGCCGUUGUGUAUCAUGGCGCGGCCGUUCGCGUUACCGCAUCCCGAAGAGGCGCCGAUUCCCGUGAUCAAUAACGGGACGAUGGGACCGGUGCGAUGCGGACGGUGCAAGGCGUACAUGAACCCGUACAUGCGGUUCUUGGAUCACUUACGGUUUGAGUGUAACUUUUGUUACUUCGUCACCGAAGUCCCGCACGAGUACAUGUGUAACUUGGGGGUGGACGGUAAGCGUACGGAUUGGACCGAGAGACAAGAGCUGUGUAGAGGAUCGGUGGAGUACGUCGCCCCGGAUGAGUACAUGGUGCGACCGCCCAUGGCGCCGACGUACGUUUUCUUGAUCGAGGUGACGUCGCAAGCGAUCCACAGCGGCGUCACAACGAGUGCGUGCGAGGUAAUCUCCAGGACGUUGGAUAACCUCCCUUCCGGGGCGCAGGUUGGGGUCGCCACUGUGGACAGUACGAUUCACUUUUAUCAUUUGAAGGAGGGCGCCGAGAAACCGUCGAUGCUCAUAGUUCCGGACGUUGACGAUUCCUACGCCCCUUUGAAGAGUGGUCUAGUCGUGGACUUGGCGAAGAAUAGAUCGGCGAUCGAUAGCUUGCUCAAGGUGAUUCCAGAGACUUUCUCAACGGCGUCGAUGGGACCAAACGCGUCGACGGCGGGGAUCAAGGCUGCGAUCGAGUGUCUCAAGCCAACCGGCGGGAAAGUGAUGGCUUUCUUGGCCACCAUUCCGAACGUUGGGGUCGGUAAAGUCGAGGCUCGCGUCGGUACCGCCGGUCAGCGCACGGGAAACAUCGAAAAGGAGCCCCUGAAGUGCAUGGCACCGGCGAAUAGAGAUUAUACAAACAUGGCGAUGUAUGCCUCGGAGAACCAAGUGUGCGUGGACCUCUUCCUAUGCGUCUCCUCCGCGGUGGACGUCGCGACGCUCGGCGUGUUACCGCGUCUGACGGGAGGUUCAUUGUACAGAUAUCCGGGUUUCAACGUGCAGCAGGAUUUCGCACAAUUGCACAACGAUCUGAGAUGGAAUUUUAUUCGACCGCAAGGGCUCGAGGCGGUGAUGCGCGUUCGAGCAAGUACGGGUCUGGGAGUGCAAGAUUACAGCGGAUUUUUCGCCAAGAGAACGGUGGCGGACAUAGAUUUAGCCGCCAUCGAUAGUGAUAAAACGAUCGCGGUGACGCUGAGAUACGAAGACAAGUUGGUGGAUGGGAGAGACGCGUACGUCCAGUGCGCCCUGUUGUACACGACAACAACGCAAGAGCGGCGCAUUCGCGUGCACACGAUCGCGCUUCCAGUGACCUCGGUCCUCGGUCAGCUGUUCAGAUCGGCUGAUUUGGACGCGCAGAGUAAUUGGGCCGUGCGCCGAGCGGCGGAUAAGCUUCUCACCGGCAACGGUACGCUCGCUGCGGCGAAGGACGCGUCGCUCCAGCAGUGCAUCUCGACGCUCUUUGCCUAUCGCAAGUUCUGCGCGAGCAAUAAUAGCAGUGGUCAGCUCAUCUUACCGGAAGGUUUGAAAACACUCCCGCUGUAUACUCUGGGGUUACACAAAUCGUACGGCCUGCGCUCCGACGCGUCGCCGGACGAUCGAGCGAUGUGGUUGUAUCGCGCACUGCACAUCCCUUCCGAGCUCUCGACGCCCGCCGUGUAUCCGAGGCUCUUCUCGGUACACGACCUCCCUCAGCACGGGGCUUUCCCUCCGAUCCCGCCGUGUCUAUGGCUCAGCGCGGAAAAACUCAACCAAGAGGGCGCGUACUUGCUCGAGGAUGGACAAGAAAUCCUAAUCUGGAUUGGUCGACAGUUGCCCUUGGAGACACUUCGAGCGCUCUUCGGAACAGAAAACGUUGACGAAAUCAUCUCCUCGAGAGCGACGCUUCCCGUGCUUGACACCGUGGAGUCGAAAACUCUCAAUGCUUUCGUGAACGCCAUCCGCAAACAGCGCGGUGCGUUUAUGCGAACUCGAAUCCUCAAGCGCGGCGACACGCUCGAGACGCUCUUUUACAACCGUCUCAGCGAAGACCGCUCGCCAUCCGGGAUGAGCUACGUCGAGUUCCUGUGCCACUGCCACCGCUUGAUCAUGAACAAAUCCAAUUAG